CCUUCCCAGCUUCUUCUACUCCAUCUCUUCCUCUCACUCGGCAUGCAUCCGUCCGCGCUUCUUCUGGUCUUGGUGGCCGCCGGAAUCGCCGGGGUGCGUGGCCACCCCGCCGCCGCCGGCACUCCGGCGGCCCGGUUCUGGGAGGAGGUCCUCCCGGGCACGCCGAUGCCGGAGGCCAUUGCAGAACUCGUCCAGGAAGGCAUUGAUCGCUCGCCACUCAAGGAGCGCUACGCUGCCCCCUACUUCUUGCCCAGCGCCUGCCUAGGCUACACGUACCAGAUCACCUGCGGCAAGCCGCCGCCGAGCGAGGAGGCCGAGGCGGUGACGGGGCUCUUCUUCCACGAGGCACAGGUGCGCACAGGCAGCGUCAUGACGGUCUCCUUCCCGCCAGCGGCUACGCCGGCCAUCCUCCCGCGCGAUGUCGCCGAGAAGGUCCCCUUCGCCAGCGUCACAGACGUGCUCACCACGUUCAACAUCCCGCCGCGGUCCGCCGAGGCGAUGCAGGUGCGCGACACCCUGCGCGGGUGCCGCGCGCCGCCGCUCGCCGGGGAGCAGAAGGCCUGCGCCACGUCCCUGGAAGGCACCGUGCGGAGCGCCAUGGGCAUGCUAGGCACGACCACCAGCGGCAAGGUGUGGGCGGCCGCGUCGGCGCUGCCCCGCGACGGUCUGCCCCGGCAGGAGUACGUGGUCAGCGCGGUCUCCCCACUCGACGGCGACCGACACGUGGCCUGCCACGACGAGCCGUACCCGUAUGCCGUCUUCCAGUGCCACAUGACGGGGCGCUCGUCGACCAAGGCGUACAUGAUCACGCUUAGUGGACGCAGUCCGGCGGUCACCAUGGCGGCGCUCUGCCACCGCGACACCUCCAACUGGAAUCCGGCGCACCCGGCCUUCGAGAUGCUGGGCACCCAGCCCGGCGGCGCGCCGGUGUGCCACUUCAUGCCGUACGCCAAUCUGGUGUUCGGCGAGAAGACGGGCUUCCACUAGCUAGCUAAGACGAAA